GAUAUGGGGGCGUCACCGGAAGUGUGUGGUUGCCAUGUAAUAUCCCGGCUGCGCGUGCGUGCUAGCGGGCCGAGGUGGCUCCGGGGCGGGGGCGCAGAGCUGGCAAGCUGAUUUGGUGGUGGCGGCGCCGACCAGCGCGCGGAGGAAAGAAGUCGGUUCGGCGGCGCCGGCGGAAACCUGAGUUUGAGCGGGAGGCCUGACGGCGGCAAGCGGCAUGUCGGUGGCGGGGCUGAAGAAGCAGUUCUACAAGGCGAGCCAGCUCGUCAGCGAGAAGGUUGGUGGGGCCGAAGGGACCAAACUGGAUGAUGACUUUAAAGAGAUGGAAAAGAAGGUGGAUGUCACCAGCAAGGCUGUGGCAGAGGUGCUGGUUAGAACCAUAGAAUAUCUGCAGCCUAACCCAGCCUCGCGGGCCAAGCUGACUAUGCUGAACACAGUAUCCAAGAUCCGGGGCCAAGUGAAGAAUCCUGGCUACCCACAGUCAGAGGGUCUGCUGGGAGAGUGCAUGGUCCGCCAUGGCAAGGAACUAGGCGGAGAGUCCAACUUUGGUGAUGCCCUGCUAGAUGCAGGCGAGUCCAUGAAGCGCCUGGCUGAGGUGAAGGACUCGUUGGACAUUGAGGUCAAGCAGAACUUCAUUGACCCACUGCAGAACCUGUGUGACAAGGAUCUGAAGGAGAUCCAGCACCACCUGAAGAAACUGGAGGGCCGCCGCCUCGACUUUGACUACAAGAAGAAGCGCCAGGGCAAGAUCCCUGAUGAGGAGCUGCGCCAAGCCCUAGAGAAGUUCGAGGAGUCCAAGGAGGUGGCAGAGACCAGCAUGCACAACCUCCUGGAGACUGAUAUUGAGCAGGUGAGCCAGCUCUCGGCCCUGGUGGAUGCCCAGCUGGACUAUCACCGGCAGGCAGUGCAGAUCCUGGAGGAGCUGGCUGACAAGCUGAAGCGCAGGGUUCGGGAAGCUUCCUCACGCCCCAGGCGGGAGUUCAAGCCCCGGCCCCGGGAGCCCUUCGAGCUUGGAGAGCUGGAGCAGCCCAAUGGGGGAUUCCCCUGCGCCCCAGCACCUAAGAUCACAGCUUCCUCAUCAUUUAGAUCGGCAGACAAGCCCAUCAGGACGCCCAGCAAGAGUAUGCCACCCCUGGACCAGCCAAGCUGCAAGGCGCUUUAUGACUUUGAGCCAGAGAAUGAUGGCGAGCUGGGCUUCCGAGAGGGUGACCUCAUCACGCUUACCAACCAGAUUGACGAGAACUGGUAUGAGGGGAUGCUGCACGGCCAGUCAGGCUUCUUCCCACUCAGCUAUGUGCAGGUGCUGGUGCCUCUGCCUCAGUGACUGGCACCUACACACCGCUGCCAGUCACAGUGCAGCAGCAGUCUAAUGCCAAGGUGCUCUAGAAACACUAAUGUUCCUCCAGGGGGGACCUCCUCUCCACUCCCUCAGCCCUGGGGCCCCCCAUCCUAAGAAAGGCCCACCUGAGGUUCUAUCGCCUUCCUGGUGGUGGCAGCUCCCAACUGUUUGAACCCUUCCCAGCCCAUUGCUGGCGAUGGGCCCAUGCCCCCUCUCCAGGCUCCCUAGAGACAGGCAGAUCCUUGGAUUCCCUGUAAGCAGCCUGUAAGCAGAGGCUGGCCAGGUCCCCAGCUCUGCACACGGAGACACCUGGCACCUGCUGCUUCUGCAGAAGUGCACAAGGCACAAACAUGUACACUUCCCAUGGGACCACAGACCCAGUUCAGCCCUGUUGAAGACCAAGCACAAAGGCCCCUGAAAAAUGGACAUUCCCAGCUCCCUGGCACCUUCCCCUGAGCCAGCUCCGUUGCUACCUGUUCAUGUGACUGCAGCUGACCACAGGCAGCUGGCAGGCCCCUUUUCAACCAGCAGGCUAGGCUGGCCAUAGCCCCAGCUCUGUCACACCCUGCCAGGCUCCAGUAAGGGAGGCCUCCAUCCUGGGCGCAAUUUUAUCCUUCUCUACAGCUGUCCCACAACUUGUGGCUUGUCCCUGGCGCGUGGGCCACAUCCUCAUGCCCCCUAGAUGGGUAACACUGUCCUGCUCCAGCCUGUGCUGAAGUGAACUGUACUCCUAUUUUUUUUUUUUUUUAAAAAGUAUUAAAUAUCUCUUUCUAUA